AUGCCAGAAAUCCGUUGCUCGAAAUCCGUGCCGGAAGAUGUCGGAAAAGAUCCGACCGGAUCCGACGUCUUCCAGCAUCCUCCGACCGAUAAAUCUGAUUUUGUUGGAUAUACUUUUAAUGACAAUAACGAAGGAUCGAACUUUUUGGAUGAUAUGGUUGAACCAGAUGGAAAAAUUGGAAAAAAAAAACAAAUGAAGAUACAAGCAAAAGCUGAGAAGAGACAACAACGUGAGCAAGAAAUAGUCGAACGUCGUGAAAAGAAGGAACGAGAUGAACGUGCAGCAGAAGAAAAGAGAAAGAAAGAAUUAGAUGAGGAACAAAAAGAAAAAGAACGGGAAGAAGAAGAACGACGGAAGAAAGAAGAACAAGAGCGAAAAGAAUAUGAAGAAUAUUUAGAAUUGAAAAAGGCUUUUACAGUUGAUGAUGAAGGACACGACGAAAAUCCGAAUGAAACUGAUAAUGAAUCGUUGUUAAAUGCGUUCGUUGAGUAUGUUAAAUCAGCUAAAGUGGUGUAUCUCGAUGAAUUAGCAUCUCAAUUUAAAUUACGCACACAUGAUGUCAUUGAUCGUUUAAAAUAUUUACAAGAUAUCUCAGUAAUUAAUGGACUCUUUGACGAUAGAGGGAAAUAUAUUUAUUUGACUCGUGAAGAAAUGAAUAAUGUAACACGUGCUAUAAGACAACGGGGAAGAAUAUCAUUUAGCGAUUUAUCAAAAAUUAGUAAUGAAUUAAUUAAUUUUGAUGGGAAAAGAACUAUUGAUGACAGUUUACUUCAGAAUGAUAGUGAAGCACAACAAGCUUGA